AAAAAGAUUUGUUAGAAGAAAGAGAAAGUGUUGGUGCUGUGCCAAUUUCAAAACAGGACGAUGAUACCAUAGAGGUUAUUGAAGAAUGGAUUGAAGAAGUGGUGGAAGAGAUCGAAGAGAUCGUUGAUUAA